AUGGGCUCAGGAUUCGACAUUUCAGAACUGCACAUGCGCAUUAUACAAAGCACGAUUGAAAAGUGCAGAAAGUUCCACAAUCCACGCAUACUAGAUGCAGUGAAGGAGCACUGGAUACAUCGGCUCAAAUACAGGGAAUCAUGCGACCCGGAGCAAUUGCAAUCAGUAAAAAGGCAGCUUGAGAGAGAUGACCAAUUUAGCGACGAUGAGUUCAUAGAUGCGGAGGUUAAAUCGGUUGUAGUAGACCCUCUACCUAGUAAGGAAUCUAUAGCCUCAAAUGAGAGUCUGAGUGACAUUAGUGAUUUGGACGAUGCGGAACCGGAGACCGAUGAUAUAAUCAUUGGAUUGCUUGAUAAGGUGUCUAGGCCCAGCAGAAAAAGUGUAGGAACGUCGCUAUGGCGUCUGGCAAUGAAGGGUGGUAUAUUGAAGAUAAAUGGCAAGGAGAUUCCGUUCGGUAGACUCGAAGGCUCCUUUGAAUUCGUAUAA